UAAAAAUGAUCAUGCUCAGGUUUCUUGCCCAAGGAACCCUGAUAGCUUUGUCGUGCCUUCUCUUCUCGAUUCCACCAGCAGCCACAGCUUCCAUUCGUCCACCACCACCACCGCCGCCGCCAUCGGUGUCGAACGGGAGCUGCAUCGCGUAUGAGAGGGCCGCACUCCUCUCUAUCAGGGCGAGCCUCUGGAAUCCUAAUUUUGACUUCUCGUCAUGGCAAGGUGAAGACUGCUGCACAUGGAAGGGCGUCAGGUGCAGCUACAGAACCGGCCAUGUCGUCAAGCUCAACCUUCGGGGAAAGAGCAACUGUUACCCAGUCGAUGAAAACAGAGGUGAGAUAAGCCACUCCUUGGUCAGUUUGCAACAGUUGAGAUAUCUAGACAUGAGUUGCAAUAACUUCAACGGUGCCAAGAUACCCGAGUUCAUCGGUUCUUUGCCGAGCCUCAGAUAUCUCAACCUUUCAUACAACUGGUUCUACGGAAGAGUGCCGCCCCAGAUCGGGAACCUCUCCAAGCUUACCUACCUUGACCUCAAGCCCUCCGACUCGUUCAGUCUUGAGUUAUACUCAGGUGAUGUUCACUGGCUAUCACACUUGUCAUCACUGAAACACCUCGACUUGAGCCAUAUGAACCUUACCGCUGCAGUGGAUUGGGUCCAUCAAGUCAACAUGCUUCCCGCUCUUAGAAAGCUAUACCUCCAAUACACUGGCAUAAGAAAUAGGGUUGCUUUCCUUGGUCAGUCCAACCUCACGGCACUUGAGGUGCUUGAUAUCUCAGGGAACAAUUUCAGCACCACCAUUUCUCCCAACUGGUUUUGGAACACAACCAGCCUCACUUAUCUAAACUUGAAAGGUUGCAACUUUCGGGGCCCUAUUCCAGAUAGCAUAGGCAACAUGACCUCUCUUGAACAAGUUUAUUUCCAACGGAAUAAUCUUAUGGCCACCAUGAUACCGUACGGUUUCAGGAAUCUUUGCAGCUUGAAAAUACUAGAUCUUGAGCAGAGCAACACCUCGGGGGAUAUCACAGAGUUGAUGGAGCGGUUACCAAACUGUCCUUCCAACAUGUUGCAAAUUCUUGACUUCUCUUAUAACAAUAUUAGUGGGGCUUUGCCAAAUUGGCCAGGGCCGCUUACCAACCUAACAUAUUUGGUCCUCUCUGGUACUAACAUCACUGGACCUAUACCAGAAUGGAUAGGGGCACUCACCGAAUUGGUUAGUUUGGAGCUAGGUGGAAACAGACUAAAUGGUAUAGUUACUGAAUAUCAUCUAAAAGGCCUUAAAGAUUUGAAGUUCUUGGGGUUGCACAACACAGACCUUCAGAUAAAGGUCAGUCCGAAUUGGAUUCCUCCAUUCAAGCUACAAGCAAUUUUCUUAGCAUCUUUGCAGCUAGGACCGGCAUUCCCGCCAUGGCUUAGAUCACAGACAGGCCUUCAGCUCCUACAUAUGUCAAAUGCAAGCAUAACUGCAAUCCCAGCUUGGUUUUGGGUUGCAUUUUCAAGGACAAACUUCAUAGAUUUGUCAGAUAAUGAGAUAACCGGCACACUUCCAGCAACCUUGGAAUUUAUGAGUACACAAAAAAUGGUACUGUCCAAUAAUAGAUUGAUAGGUAUGGUGCCAAAAUUUCCAAGAAAUACCGAAUACAUGGACUUAUCAGGAAACUCUUUCUCUGGGACAUUGCCGUCAGAUUUUGCAGCCCCUUUAUUGGAGGAGCUUAUUCUUUAUAACAAUUCAAUAUCAGGCACCAUUCCAUCUUCAAUAUGCUCAUUGUCACAGUUGGUUGUGCUAGACCUAUCAGGAAACAAGCUUACAGGAGAAGUUCCAACUUGUGAAGAGGAUUCUAACUCGCAGAUGAGUAGUCUUCAUGUGGUAAAUUUAAAUACCAACAACCUCUCAGGAGAUUUCCCAAAAGUUCUUAGAAACUGCCAGUACCUUGUUUUUAUUGAUCUGUCUUAUAACAAAUUCUCCGGAGACCUACCCACAUGGAUGGGUGUGAACUUUCCGUACUUGGCACUCCUACGUCUGCGGUACAAUAUGUUUUCUGGAAAAAUUCCCGUAGAAAUUGGAAUGCUUCAAAGGCUGCAGUUUUUAGAUCUUGCACACAACAAGUUCUCAGGAAGCAUGCCAGACUCAUUAGUUAAGAUCAGCGCAAUGGCCCAAAGUUCUGGAUACAGUUAUGCUCUUUAUCAAGCGCUCUUGAGUGGCCAAGGGCUCCAGAUAUAUAACUCAGUAUAUGAUGGUGUUUAUUCCAUGGACAAAGUAUCAGUUCUUACUAAAGGGCAACAACUAGAAUUUUCUCUGCAAAUAUCUUACAUGGUGAUUCUUGAUUUAUCAAGCAACAGUCUAACCGGAGUGAUUCCUCGAGAUAUUGGUUGUCUCAUUGGAUUAAGAGGCCUGAACUUUUCAUGGAACAACUUAAGUGGGGAAAUCCCUAAGAAAAUUGGUGAGCUCAAGCAAUUGGAAUCACUUGACUUGUCAAACAAUGAGCUUUCCGGUGGAAUCCCUUCAAGCAUGGAAACCAUGACCUCUUUAAGCCAUAUGAACCUAUCGUACAACACUCUAUCCGGAAAGAUACCAUUAGGAAAUCAGCUCGGAACUUUCGACGCAUCUGCUUACAUUGGAAACAUUGGUCUGUGUGGUUUCCCCUUGACUCCCAGUUGUCUUGGAAACAGGUCAGGUCAACCAAGAUACAAAGAUGAUGGGGAUGGAUUGGAGGACAUAUCCCUUUACCUUGGUUUAACAGUUGGUUUUGCCUUUGGCUUCGGGGUGGUCUUUUGUGUGAUGUUGUUCAAAAAGAGAUGGAGAAUUUCUUAUUUCAUGUUUGUUGAAGGGCUGCAGGACAAGAUUUAUGUGGUCGUUGUACUAAAAUGGGCUAAUUUGAAAGAAAAUUAGUCAAAACCUAAAUAUUGGUAUAGGUUAUGAAUGACAAUUACCAUGUACUAUGUGUUUGCUACGUACAUUACCUUUUUAGUGUAAUUGGUUGCUUAUAUUGAAGUGUUGUGACAGAAGGUGUG